AAGACUGUAAUAAGAUAAGAACACCUUUCAUUCUUGGAGAUAGUCGAGUUUCAAAGCUUCUCCUCUUCCAUAUUAAGACUGAGAAUUGGAGAAUGUGGUUCCCGUACUGGAGGGUAGGCCCCAUAUUCUUUAUUACUCAUCUGUUCUCGGUGCCCCAUGGUCUCUUAGGUUAGUGAGCUCACUUGGAGUUAUGUUCUGCAGUCACUUUCAGUUUGUCUUGACAACACAGUUGUUUCAAAAAUCGCUCCCCACCCCCAGUUGUCACAGUCUAGAUUUCGAUAUGAAAGGACUAGAUCCUGCAUUAUUUUCUUCUCAGUUUACCUCUCGGAACCAUCAUGGGGCUCCCAGACAAAAUGGGUAGAGGGAAAAACAGAGGCAAGCACACUUGAAGAUUUUGGAUCAAGGAUCUGGGAAGGUAGCUCAGCCAGCAAAGUGCCUGCUGUGCCAGCGUGAAGACCUGGGUUCCAAUUCCCAGCACACUUGUACAAAGCCAGAGUAGAACCACGUGACUGCAGUCUCUGUGCUAAGGAAGCAAAGAGGAUUCCUGAGGCUCCUGUGGCCAGUAGCCAAUCAGUGAGCUCCAAGCUCAGUGAGAGACCUUGUCUCAAGAGAUAAGGUAGAGAAUGAGUGAGGAAGACACAGGAUGUCCAUCUACACGUACAUGUGACCCAUACAUGAACAUGCACACGCCUAUGUAAACACAUGCACACACUAUGAAACAUACAUGAACACAUACACACAAGUACAGACUGGAUGAAGUUCUGUUAGCCUAUAGGACAUGGUGGGUGAGGGCAGCCAAGGCAGAGGCUGGGUUCAAGUUAAAGGCAGGGAGGGCCCUGCACUGGUGCUGUGUCCAGCGGCUGCUAGCCUUUGGUUAGCUGGGUGCUGGACUGAGACACGGAGAUGAGACCUGGCGGUGGGGAGCCUCUUUCCACACUCCUCCCUGACCUGUGCUGGAGUCCGCUGGGGUGAAUUGUGUGAAGUUGUCAAAGGUUGCUCUGCUCUCCAGCACUUGGCACGGGCUCCUCUGAAAUGUGAUACCAUUGGUUUUCAGUAAAGGUUCCUUUCUGCAGGGCUGCAAACACAGCCCAGCGGCUGGCUACCCUGUCCGUCCACACAGCCCGGAGCAGACCAAGCAGCACCUUCCCGGCUGCCUUUUGAACCCGAGCCUCUCCCAGAUCCCCUCCUCACACAGGAAGUUUCCUCCUCUGUUGUCAGAUUUAGCACCAGGCUCCUGUCAUCAGAUCCGAGCAGGCUCCCUGCUGCACAGUAGAGAGACUUGCUUAAGACAUUUGUCCUUGAAACUGCACCAAACUCUUGGAAGAGCCCAGAACGUAGCUAUUUGCUGGUUCAUCAAUGAAACGACCUUAGAUGGCGAAGAUGUAAGGAAAGCACCCUACGCUAACACUGUUGCAGUUUGAAAGGCUUCUCUGCAGAAUGUCAAACAAAGAUCGACACAUUGAUUCCAGCUGUUCGUCCUUCAUCAAGACGGAACCCUCCAGCCCAGCCUCCCUGACGGACAGCGUCAACCACCACAGCCCUGGUGGUUCUUCCGACGCCAGUGGGAGUUACAGUUCAACCAUGAAUGGCCAUCAGAACGGACUGGACUCGCCACCUCUCUACCCCUCUGCUCCUAUCCUGGGAGGUAGCGGGCCGGUCCGGAAACUGUAUGAUGACUGCUCCAGCACCAUCGUUGAGGAUCCCCAGACCAAGUGUGAAUAUAUGCUCAACUCCAUGCCCAAAAGACUGUGCUUAGUGUGCGGUGACAUUGCCUCUGGCUACCACUAUGGGGUUGCAUCAUGUGAAGCCUGCAAGGCAUUCUUCAAGAGGACGAUCCAAGGUAACAUCGAGUACAGCUGCCCAGCCACGAAUGAGUGCGAGAUCACCAAGCGCAGACGCAAAUCCUGCCAGGCCUGCCGCUUCAUGAAGUGUCUCAAAGUGGGCAUGCUCAAAGAAGGGGUACGUCUUGACAGAGUGCGUGGAGGUCGGCAGAAGUACAAGCGCAGAAUAGAUGCUGAGAACAGCCCAUACCUGAACCCUCAGCUGGUACAGCCAGCCAAAAAGCCAUAUAACAAGAUUGUCUCGCAUUUGUUGGUGGCUGAACCAGAGAAGAUCUAUGCCAUGCCUGACCCUACUGUUCCCGACAGUGACAUCAAAGCGCUCACGACACUCUGUGACUUGGCUGACCGAGAGUUGGUGGUUAUCAUUGGAUGGGCAAAACAUAUCCCAGGCUUCUCUACACUGUCCCUGGCGGAUCAGAUGAGCCUUCUCCAGAGUGCAUGGAUGGAAAUCUUGAUCCUUGGUGUUGUGUACCGAUCCCUUUCGUUUGAGGAUGAACUUGUCUAUGCAGAUGAUUAUAUAAUGGAUGAAGACCAGUCCAAAUUAGCAGGCCUUCUUGACCUAAAUAAUGCUAUCCUGCAGCUGGUGAAGAAAUACAAGAGCAUGAAGCUGGAGAAAGAAGAAUUCGUCACCCUCAAAGCGAUAGCUCUUGCUAAUUCAGAUUCCAUGCACAUAGAAGAUGUGGAAGCUGUGCAGAAACUUCAAGAUGUCUUGCAUGAGGCCCUGCAGGAUUAUGAGGCUGGCCAGCACAUGGAAGACCCUCGACGUGCAGGCAAGAUGCUGAUGACGCUGCCGCUUCUCCGGCAGACCUCCACCAAGGCUGUACAGCACUUCUACAACAUCAAACUAGAAGGCAAAGUCCCCAUGCACAAACUGUUUUUGGAAAUGCUGGAGGCCAAGGUCUGACUAAAAGCCCCCGGGCCCUCCCAUCCUGCACGUUGAAAAGGGAAGACAAACCCAAGAGUGAUGUUGAAGAAUCUUAGAGUUUAGUGAACACCAUUAGAAAUCAACAGAGACUGCACUGAUAUUUUAGCAGCAACAGUACGAUGCAGCCUGCGGAUUCCGCCACAUCUUCCUGAUAGGUUUCCUCAUGUUACCCACCAUUCCUUCUGUCCCAUCCAGGUCUCUCCCGCUCUCCCUUGUUCCUGUUCUCACAUUUUGCUUCUUUUACUAAUGGUUCCCCCUUUCUCCUCCCUUCCCUCCCUCCCACUCUUUCUCUUCCUUUCUUCUUCCCCUCUUCCUUCUUCCUUUCCCCAACCUUCCUUUCUUGCCUUGAACUCUUCCUUCUCUCACCCCACUUCACUCUCCAUGUUCAAUACCUCUGACUGUAAGGAACGUUUCUUUUACCUCCUGCAUCACUUCCCUUCCUUAUCCUUCCCUGUCUUUUCCUUUCUCCCCUCUGCUGCUGAACUCUUAAACGCAGUCUCUAACUGGAGAGAGAUGGAAGCCAGCCCUGCCAAAGGACAGAGAUCCAUAAUAUGGAUGCCAGUGAACUUGUCAUGAACCAUGACAUCCCCAGCGAGUAAGGAAUCAAAGAGAGAACCGUCCCUAAAGUACAGUGCAACACAAACGAAUCGACUUAGUGCAGUAUUAGAUUCCACGGAGCAGCCUCUGAUCAGACACCGUCAGCGGCGGCGGAGGCGGCAGUGGCUGCUUCUCCUUGCUUUCUCAUCUAGAUCAGUUACAGCCAUUUGAUUCCUUAAUUCUUUUGUCAAGUCUUCCAGGUAUUGGUUAGUUUAGCUACUAUGUAACUUUUUCAGGGAAUCGUUUAAGCUUUAUUCAUUCAUGCAAUACUAGAGAGGGGUAAGGAUACCGCAACUUCGCGCUGGCUUUGAACGAUUGAACACUAAAAUGAAAGACAAAUGAACCCUGAAGGAAGAUUUUUAAAAAAUGUUUCAUUUCUUCUUACAAAUGGAGAUUUUUUUGUACCAGCUUUACCACUUUUCAGCCAUUUAUUAAUAUGGGGAUUUAACUUACUCAAGCAAUAGUUGAAGGGAAGGUGCAUAUUACCACGGAUGCAAUUUAUGUUGUGUGCCAGUCUGGUCCCAAACAUCAGUUUCUUACAUGAGCUCCAGUUUGCUUAGACGUUCACUGACACCAAGGAUUACAUUACACCUACCGUGAUGCCAAGCGGCCAUAUUCACAAGCACUGCACAUGGGAUCCCUAUCCGUAGAAUUAGCACCGGUACACCUCCCUGCUGGGAGGGGACAGUCGCCAUACGAUUUCUAGCUGCCCUCGUGGUUAGGAAUGAGAUGCUGCCUGUACGCAGUUACAAACUGUCUCAGAAGGAGCUGUGAGCCAAUAUCAUUUCAGAGGCAAUAAGGCUAAGGCCAGAAUUCAAACAACCCAAUCAUCAAAGACAGCAGAUGCCUGACCAAAUUCUAAAACCUAAUCCGGAGGAGUUGAUUCGCUUAGGAAUGACUGUUUAAAUUAACCUGCUGGUUUGUUUUGUUUCUCUUUUGUUUUUACCAAGAGCGAAGCCAAUGGAUAUGCUUUCACAUAGAUGUAUGGUCACAGCAUGAAAGCCAGUCAGUUUCAGAACUGUAACCAGGUGUAAUCUAAUGAAGAAAUCAGAUGCCCCCUCCCGGAACCUACAGUCGCCGAAUAACCAGAAAACAAUAACCUCCAUAGAACGCUUUUACCAAUGGACCAGUGUUAAUAGCUGCUCUCUGUAUUCUGUGGACAGUCUUAUUCUAUGUACACAGAUGUAAUUAAAGUUGUACUCCUAACAAACAAAAGAAUAGUUCAGCUUCAAUGUUCCAUGUUUGCUACGCUUUUCGGAACUUUACGUUGCAUUCAGAAACUGUCGUCUUGUUCUCGUGGUGUUUGGAUUCUUGUGGUGUGUGCUUUUAGACACAGGGUAGAAUUAGAGACAGUAUUGGAUGUAUACUUCCUCAGGAGAAUACAGUAGUAUAUUCUACUCCUUACCAGUAAUAACAGAUUGAAACUCCAAACCAGUAUUCAUUAUGAUCAGACACACAUCGAAAUCAUAAUAAUAUUUUCAAAACAAGGGAUAAUUUCUCUAACGGUUUAUUAUAGAAUACCAAUGUAUAGCUUAGACAUAAAGCUUUGAAUAUUCAAGAAUAUAGAUAAGUCUAAUUUUUAAAUGCUGUAUAUAUGGCUUUCACCUGAUCAUCUCUCAGAUGUUGUUAUUAACUCGCUCUGUGUUGUUGCAAAAACUUUUUGGUGCGGACUUGCUUCCAAAACUAUUGCUAACUUUGUGUGCUUUAAGCAAAAUACCUUAGGCUGAGAACGCCUCAGCCUUGUGCUAGGAAUACUGUGUAUCUAUCAUUAGCUAUAUGGGAAUAUAUCGUAGAUUGUGGUUCUCAGUAGGGAAAGUGACUGUAGUGUGAAUCUAGGUAAAUCAUCAUUAGCAAUUCAUUCGGAUGGUCAAUAACUUGAAAUUGAUAGCUGUGGUAAGUUUUAAAAAAAAAAUUGGCAAAUCCCUGAAAAAAAAUCAACAGAAAAUACAACUCCUGGGGGGAUAAAAAGGUGCUGAUCCUGUAAAGAUUCUUUCAUCAUGUAAGUGUUUAAAAAUAUUAUUUUCCAGAAGGUUUAUGCAGGGUUUAAGUUACUACUGCGCAAUUGCGCUAUAUAUUCAAAUGGAAUACAGGCAGUGUAGCCACUGUUUUGCUGUAUCACAUGGAAGUAUUUGGGCUUCAGAACUCAGAGCCUGCAAGUGAUCACAUCAGACAGAGACACAUUUAAAGAAUGAGGUACAAUGUGUAGUCCUCAGUUUAAAAGACUUGGCUUUUCAAAACAACAAAUAUCUUGUAACUAAGGGGAAAAAACAGCUUAAAAUGUAGAUCUAAAAGAAAUGCGCGGGCUUCAGGGCAAAUACCCCUUUGUACCUUGCUCGAGAAAAGUUUAUUGUUUUUCAACUUUCAAGCAAGACCAUUUAGUUAAUGCCAAGUGUCAGGAAAUCACCAAGGUGUAUGUUUUAGCCGUACGAUUUACAGUUUUAUUUUUCUUUUAGGUUUGUUCUUAUUUAAAGCAAUAUGAUUGUGUUGACUCCUUGUAGCGACACUCGUGUUUAAUCAAAUCAGAUUGUUGUAUUUAUUCCACUAUUUUGCAUUUAAAUGAUGACAUAAAAGAUAUAAAAAAUUUAAAACUGCUAUUUUUCUUAUAGAAGAGAAAAUGGAUGUCGGUGAUUGUAUUUUAAUUAUUUAAGCAUCCCUGUUUACCUGCCUGGGACAACAUUUUAUGGCAGUCUUAUGUGCAAAGAUCGUAAAUGGACAAAACAAAAUUUAAACUGCUUACAAUGAUCCAGGAGUUGCAUUAUAGCCAGUAGUAAAAAUAAUAACAAUAAUAAUUAAUAAUAAUAAUAAUGAAACCAUGUCUAUAGCUGUAGAUGGGCAUCACAUCUGUAAAGCAAUCAAUUGUAUAUUUUUGUGAUGUGUACCAUACCGUGUGCUCCAGCAAAUGUCCAUUUGUGUAAAUGUAUUUAUUUUAUAUUGUAUAUAUUGUUAAAUGCGAAAAGGAGCUAUGAUUCUGUGACUCCAAUCAGUUCAGAUAUGUAACUCAAAUUAUUAUGCCUUUCAGGAGGAUGGUAGAACAAUAUUAAACAGGCUUCCACUUUUC